AUGGCUAAAGCAAUAACAGAGAAUGCUGCUAAGAAUCUACAUCAUGUAUUUCAUUCAUCUAAGCAAUUUGCAAAAGAUUUUAGUGAUUUUUUAUAUGAGUAUGAAGAUGAAGAUGAAUGGCUUGUUUCAUGGGAUUAUAUGCUUAAGGAAUAUAGUCUUACUGAUAAUAAAUGGUUGUGUAGCAUAUUUGAUGUGAAAGAAAAAUGGGCUAUUGUCUAUGGUCGACACAUGUUCAUUGUCGAUAUGAAAAGCACCCAACGUAGUGAGUCAAUAAACAAUGUGUUGAAGAAAUAUUUGAAACCAAAACAUGAUUUUGUGCGCUUUUUAGGACAUUACUCUAGAGUUUUGGUUGAUAAGAGACAUCAAGAAUUACAAGCAGAGUUCAAAAUGAGGCAAACAAAACUGAUUUUACAGUCUAAUGUAGAGAUGUUGAGACAUGUUGUAGAGCUGUACUCCCCAGAAAUGUUUCAAAUGUUUCAAGAUGAAUAUAUGAAGAUUGCUGAUUGUACUAUUUACAAGGCUAAUAAAUCUGAUACUAUCACAGAAUACAAGGUCAAAUAUAGUCAAAGAAUUCAAGAGCACCUAGUUAAAUAUGAAGCCUCAAAUACUUCGGUGGAAUGUAGUUGCAAGAAGUUCAGCUUUGUAGGAAUUCUGUGUGCCCAUGCUUUGAAAGUUCUUGAACAUAAAAAUGUUAAGAGACUUUCUGUUCAUUAUGUAUUGAAAAGAUGGACGCAAGAUGCAAAAGCUAGUUCUAUCAAGGACCAUCAUGGCAUUGAUAUUAAAAGUAAUGCUCAAGAGUCAAUAGGAAAACACUACUCUUAUUUGAGUCACAAUGCUCGUGAAAUUUCUAUACUUGCAGCAGAGAAUAAGAUAAUGUAUGAACAUACCAAAGAAGUUUUGAAAAAUUGA